AUGAGAACUAUCCCGGAAGAUGAGAAAGUUUUCUUAGGAGGGGACUUUAACGGGCAUAUAGGCAGAGAUGCAGGCAACUAUAACUCGGUACAUGGAGGGUUUGGUUUGGGGGCAAGGAAUGAGAGUGUGGAGAAUUUGUUGGAGUUUGCGCUAGCAAAAGAUCUGGUUAUAGCAAACUCGAUCUUUAGAAAGAAAGAGGAGCAUUUGACCACAUAUAAGAGCAGCCGGCAUGCAACCCAAGUUGAUUAUUUCUUAGUGCGCAAGGGAGAUCGGCCCUCAUGCUUGGAUUGUAAGGAUGAGGAAGAAAAUCAUAGAGAAGAAGGUCGAGUCCAGGGGAAAGAUCAUGUGCGGGAGACUCAAAGGGGAUAUGGUCACAACCCUGUUAAGCAAAAUAAGUUUAUUGGGCUUCCCAAGUCAAUUAGAGGAUGCGAAUGA